CGAUGGGAUUAUCUGUGGAUGAUUUUCCAUAAAGCCCAGUGCCUCAGGGAAGAUUUCUCUCAGAGUACAGCAGAUUUGUGACCCCAGAAUUAUUGUCUUGACAGACCUGUGUGAAAGUCUGAGGAAUGCAGGAAAUCUGGCUCCCACUCUGAAGAUUGUGUAUUAAGGCUGGGGACUGAAGGCCAGUGUGUGAGAGGGUUAAGCUGGGUGUAGAGCUGAAGUCUGCUCUCUACUCAGAGCCACCUCUGUCUGUACCCAGCCUGUCAGGAGUGUCUAAGGCUCUCAAGGCGUGUGGUCGUCUUCUAUUGGUUUCCCAGAUACCACACUAAAUCUCACUGGACAUUUCCUGAUCAUGGAGUAGACCUGUUCUGAAAAAAAGGACACAUUGUUCUGUCUGAUACUUGCACUUUUACCUGAGUGUAUCUGCAUUAGGCUGUCUAUUGCCUGAAGACAUCUUACAGUGACACCUGAACAAGUGGACAUACCUGUACACUCACCUGUGUGACUGAGGAAACAGAGGCACAGUCACUACGUCCUCAGACCUCCUACUUUACAGAUUUGGGCACAUUACUGGACACAUUCUGAACUAAUUUAUUCAUGCUGACCAGUACUAAUGACAUUCCUUUGGUACAUUUAACCAGCAUGAGCUGUGUGACAUGCAGGUCCAUAUAGCCUGAAUUCCUACCCUAAACCCUUUCCCAGGACUAAUGAUGUCUACCACAUACCCGCUGUCCACUGAAAGCUUUGAGCUUCUGGAUUGGUACCACCCUAACGCUGACCGUCAUGUAGCUGAAAGUUUACUUCUCCACAAUGGGGUGGACGGGACCUACCUACUACGCCCCAGCUCUAAACGAGGGGAGUAUGCAUUGUCAGUCAGGUGCAAUGACUCGGUCAAGCAUUUCACAAUCUCCGUCCAAGGAAAUGAGUUACGGUUUGGCCAUGGUAUCUUCAGUUCUAUGGCUGACUUCCUUCAUCACUUUGCCAACAAACCACUGAUCAGUGGAGAAUCAGGUCAGUUGAUGUUGUUACGAGAGGCAUACCCUCGACAAGUGGAGGAACCUGAUGAGUAUGACACUGUUAAAGUCCAUGCCGAAUUCAACAUUGGUGAUGAAACAGACAGGAAAAUAGAUUUUUCUGUUAAUUCCAAAGAAGGCUUUCUGACAAAGCUUGGGCUCCAUUUCAAGGUAUUUUAUACCUGGAGGAGUAGAUGGUUUGUUCUACAGAAGAAUGAGCUGAAGUACUUUAAGGACAAGAACAUGAAGACUCCAAUCCGAGUGUUAGACCUGAAUGAAUGUGUGGAGUGUAAGAGGGAUGAAGUGUCCUAUCCAUCCAAGGCCAAUGUCUUCAGGCUGGUGUUUGACUGGAGGACGUUUUACUUCUUUUCACCGACAGAGCAGGAAAUGGAAGAGUGGAUUCGUCUGAUCAACUGGAGACUGCAAAACAGAACAGUGCCAUUCCAUCCAUACAAACCAAAGAGGUGAAGGUAGACUGACAAGAGGCUACAGUCAGAUUGCAAGGCUGAUAACUGGUCACUUUCUUCAUGGUCAUGGCUGUCAUCUGGUAAUGGGACGACACUGCGAGUCAUCACUAUAUACCAUCGGCUUAAUCAGAGUUAUCAUCUGUGUGUAUUCACCCGUGACAUCAUCAUCAUCGUCACAUUGUCAGCAUCAACCAGAAAGGAAACGGUUCACAAUGUAGCAUUCAUCCAGCAUGGCAUAUAUGUUUGUACAACAUUUUCAUUUGUUCAUUUUGCACAGUAAAUAUUUUCCUUGAAAGAUAUAUUUUCCAGUUUUGACUCCAGUCUCGUGUGUUAUUUACCUGUUGUAGAAUUUUGCCUAAAUUGCCGUUAUUAUUUGGACUCACAAAGUAAAAAAUUAUUAUCAGAAAUCCCUCACAGUGAAUUUCAGCUGUGAAAAUAGAAUUAUCUUGUCUGUUACACUGGUGGGAAUUACGUGUAUUGGUUGUGUAAUCAUAUCAUUGAGGUUUGUGACAGAGGAAAGGAAAUAAGAUUGUCCACAAAAGUGAAAUAGAUGAAACCUUUGAUUUAUUCCCUCAAUUUAAUUGGUUGACGCUUUGCGUACAUCAUUUUGCACAGUGCAUGUAGAUCAAGUUUUAUUGUCUAAUUUCAUAUUUAUUUUUGCCUGCAUGAAAGGCUUUAGGGACAGACAUUUGUUUUAAGCUAUUCUAUUCCUUGUGUGAAUGAUCAUGAGUUAAAGUCCAUUUUAGUAAUUUUAAUGUAUC